AUGAAUGGUAUUGCUAAUAGAUUUGUUCAUGAGAAAACAAACAAUGUAUUAAAAGAUAUACAAUCAAUACAGAAUGAAUAUGCAUCUGAAAAUAAUUUUGAAUUGGCACCUUCUAUGCAAUUGCCCCCUAUCUCACAGCCUACUGAUUUUUUGAGAGCACAUACGGAUGAUGCAUCAAACCCAGAUUGUAAAAUCAAGAUUGCUCAUGGAACUACUACAUUGGCAUUUAGAUUUCAAGGUGGUAUUAUAGUGGCGGUUGAUUCUAGAGCAACGCAAGGUAAUUACGUAGCUUCUCAAACUGUGAAUAAAGUUAUCAGAAUUAAUCCAGUAUUAUUGGGUACAAUGGCAGGUGGUGCCGCUGAUUGCUUUUAUUGGGAAACGUGGUUGGGUACUCAGUGUAGACUUCACGAGUUGAGAGAGAAGGAAAGAAUUACCGUGGCAGCAGCCUCCAAAAUUUUAAGUAAUGUCGUUUACCAAUACAAGGGCAUGGGGUUGUCUAUGGGUACCAUGAUUUGUGGUUGUACUAAGAAGGAGGGACCUUCAUUAUAUUAUGUUGAUUCCGAUGGAACUCGGUUAAAGGGAGAUGUUUUUUGCGUCGGAUCAGGGCAAACUUUCGCCUAUGGUGUACUUGAUGCGCAGUACAAGUGGGAUCUUAGUGUAGAGGAUGCUUUAUAUCUUGGUAAAAGAAGUAUUUUAGCCGCGAUUCACAGAGAUGCUUUCUCUGGUGGCUCCAUAAACUUGUAUCAUGUUAAAGAACAAGGAUGGGAAUACCACGGAAAUUUUGAUGCUGGUGAUAUCUUUUGGGAUGUUAAAGAAAAAGAAAAGUCUUUUAACAAUGUUUCAACCUAA